GGCGCUGAGCGGCGGGGGAGCCGGGCGUCCCCGGGGCCGCCGCCUCUCGGGCUGAGCCCCCCCGCCCGGACCAUGGCCGACGACGACGUGCUGUUCGAGGACGUGUACGAGCUCUGCGAGGUGAUCGGCAAGGGUCCCUUCAGCGUCGUGCGGCGAUGCAUCAACAGGGAGACGGGGCAGCAGUUCGCUGUCAAGAUCGUCGAUGUAGCAAAAUUCACUUCAAGUCCUGGAUUAAGCACAGAAGAUCUGAAGAGGGAAGCCAGUAUUUGUCACAUGCUGAAGCAUCCUCACAUUGUUGAACUGUUGGAGACAUACAGCUCAGAUGGAAUGCUUUAUAUGGUCUUUGAGUUUAUGGAUGGAGCAGACCUGUGUUUUGAAAUUGUGAAGAGAGCAGAUGCUGGAUUUGUCUACAGUGAAGCUGUAGCCAGUCAUUACAUGAGACAGAUACUGGAAGCUCUACGUUACUGUCAUGAUAAUAAUAUAAUUCACAGAGAUGUGAAGCCACACUGUGUACUGCUUGCCUCAAAAGAGAACUCAGCCCCAGUAAAGCUUGGUGGCUUUGGGGUAGCAAUUCAGUUAGGAGAGUCUGGGCUAGUUGCUGGAGGACGUGUAGGAACACCUCACUUUAUGGCUCCAGAAGUGGUAAAAAGAGAACCAUAUGGGAAGCCUGUAGAUGUCUGGGGCUGUGGUGUGAUCCUGUUUAUCCUGCUAAGUGGUUGUUUGCCUUUUUAUGGAACCAAGGAAAGAUUAUUUGAAGGCAUUAUUAAAGGCAAAUACAAGAUGAAUCCUAGGCAAUGGAGCCAUAUUUCUGAAAGUGCCAAAGAUCUGGUGCGCCGCAUGCUUAUGCUGGAUCCAGCAGAGAGGAUAACAGUGUAUGAAGCACUGAAUCACCCCUGGUUAAAGGAGAGAGAUCGCUAUGCAUACAAGAUUCAUCUUCCAGAAACAGUAGAACAGUUGAGAAAAUUCAAUGCAAGACGAAAACUAAAGGGGGCAGUACUAGCAGCUGUGUCAAGCCACAAAUUCAACUCCUUCUAUGGUGACCCCCCUGAAGAGCUGCCAGACUUCUCUGAAGACCCCACCUCCUCAGGACUUCUAGCAGCAGAAAGAGCAGUCUCACAGGUGCUGGACAGCCUGGAAGAAAUUCAUGCACUUACAGACUGCAGUGAAAAAGACUUAGAUUUUCUUCACAGUGUUUUCCAGGAUCAGCAUCUUCACACAUUACUAGAUCUUUAUGACAAAAUAAACACAAAAUCUUCACCACAAAUCAGGAAUCCUCCAAGUGAUGCUGUACAGAGAGCCAAAGAGGUAUUGGAAGAAAUUUCAUGUUACCCAGAGAACAAUGAUGCAAAGGAGCUAAAGCGUAUUUUAACACAACCUCAUUUCAUGGCCUUACUUCAAACCCAUGAUGUAGUGGCACAUGAAGUUUACAGUGACGAAGCGCUGCGGGUGACGCCUCCUCCCACCUCGCCCUACCUGAACGGGGACUCCCCCGAGAGCGCCAACGGCGACAUGGACAUGGAGAACGUCACGCGCGUCCGCCUGGUGCAGUUCCAGAAGAACACAGACGAGCCCAUGGGAAUCACUUUAAAAAUGAAUGAGCUGAACCACUGCAUUGUGGCAAGAAUUAUGCACGGAGGAAUGAUUCACCGGCAAGGUACGCUACAUGUAGGAGAUGAAAUUAGAGAAAUAAACGGAAUCAGUGUGGCAAAUCAAACUGUAGAGCAACUACAAAAAAUGCUUAGGGAAAUGCGUGGAAGUAUUACCUUCAAGAUUGUGCCAAGUUAUCGCACGCAGUCUUCAUCCUGUGAGAGAGAUUCCCCCUCUACAUCCAGACAGUCCCCCGCUAAUGGUCAUAGCAGCACUAACAAUUCUGUUUCGGACUUGCCAUCGACAACACAACCAAAAGGACGACAGAUCUAUGUAAGAGCACAAUUUGAAUAUGAUCCAGCAAAGGAUGACCUCAUUCCUUGCAAAGAAGCUGGCAUCAGAUUCCGAGUUGGUGAUAUUAUCCAAAUCAUUAGCAAAGAUGAUCAUAACUGGUGGCAGGGUAAACUUGAGAACUCCAAAAAUGGUACUGCAGGUCUUAUUCCUUCUCCUGAACUUCAGGAAUGGCGAGUUGCUUGUAUUGCCAUGGAGAAGACCAAACAGGAGCAGCAGGCCAGCUGUACUUGGUUUGGAAAGAAAAAAAAGCAGUACAAAGACAAAUAUUUGGCAAAGCACAAUGCAGUGUUUGAUCAAUUAGAUCUCGUCACAUAUGAAGAAGUAGUAAAGCUGCCAGCAUUCAAAAGGAAAACACUAGUCCUACUAGGUGCCCACGGUGUGGGAAGAAGACACAUAAAAAAUACGCUCAUCACAAAACACCCGGACAGAUUUGCUUAUCCCAUUCCUCACACAACCAGACCUCCAAAGAAAGAUGAAGAAAAUGGCAAAAAUUACUACUUUGUAUCACAUGACCAAAUGAUGCAGGAUAUAUCAAACAAUGAAUAUUUGGAAUAUGGCAGCCAUGAGGAUGCAAUGUAUGGGACAAAACUGGAAACAAUACGAAAGAUCCAUGAGCAGGGACUAAUUGCAAUACUUGAUGUAGAACCUCAGGCAUUGAAGGUCCUGAGAACUGCAGAGUUUGCUCCUUUUGUUGUUUUUAUUGCUGCACCUACGAUUACCCCAGGCAUUAAUGAGGAUGAAUCCCUUCAGCGCCUGCAGAAGGAGUCGGAGAUCUUACAGAGAACAUAUGCACACUACUUUGACCUAACAAUUAUCAACAAUGAGAUUGAUGAAACCAUCAGGCACCUGGAGGAAGCCAUCGAGCUCGUGUGUACAGCCUCCCAGUGGGUCCCAGUCUCCUGGGUCUACUAGACCAGGAAUGAGAGAAUUGAGAAAAGAAAAAAUCUGUCAUUACUGGGAACCACCUCAUACAUGGAAAACCUCUUCGUUAUUGACCUUGUGUCAACAGGUCUUGGCCCCUAGAGACUACCUAGAUGUAGUGUGACCUAAAAUAUAAUUAUUGUCAUGUCCGAAUAGAUAGGAGGAGGGGGAAAAAAAGAUGAAACACUAAUUUAAAGAGACAGUAUCUUUUUUUUUAAUCAUUUCUCCUAAACUUUAAUAAAAUAUAUCUUUAAAUGUAUGUACUAUUCAGUCUUUUGGAAUGUUAUAUUUUUGGAAAUCAUAGCUUUUUAUUUCAAGGGCCCCUAAAAACUGCACAAAAUAGAUGCUGCUUUCUAUAAUCUAUUUUAAUAGUAAUAAUAAUAUGAUUCUGUUACCUUAACUUGGGGGUGGAACACUACAUUCUUUUUAGAGUCUGAUUUUAUGGAUUGGAAUACUUUGCUUUCCUUUAUUUAUUUGAAGUAAUUAGUCUAGUGAUUACAAAACAAAUUCAUAAAUUUUAAAGGCCUUUUUUUUUUUCUCAUGCUUUUUUUUUUCUCAUGCUUUUUUUUUUUUUCUCUCCUAGGAUAGUAUUUUUAAGUACUUUUUUGUGUAACAUCCAGAUAAUGUGAUACUGUCUCUUUGAAGAACUCUGUAAAAGUUUUAGAAAUUUGAAAUUGGGUCUUGACUCUUAAUGCAUGUGGACAGUCGCAAGCGUUCAUGCCGUUGGUGUAUCUGUGUUGAUAAAACCUGUAAUCUACAGCAAAGUACAUUCCGUUCAUGGGAACACGUACCCAAGGGAAUAAAGCAAAAUAUUAUUCUGACUAAGUUGUAAACCUAUGCACAUCCCUUGCAUUUUGGGCAACUUUCUAAAAAAAAAGAAAAAAAAAAGAAAAACUGAUUUUUAUUAAUAAUAAUCAUGUAGUGAAAUGUGUUUGUAAUUUUGUCUCAAUUUAAUUUGUUGUAAGGUGGGAGGGGGCAAUUACUGGUUUCACCAUUUCAGAUCUGUGUUGUCUGAGAGUAUUAACGUUUUAAUUAAGUUGAAGCAAAGAAAUGCUGAUUUUUAAUAUGUAUGUAAUUGUUUAAAGAUGCACACAUUUUAAAAGAAAAUACUGUGCAAUGAAGAAACCAGUUUAGACAUUGCGAUAAACUGACUAUUCCAAAAGACUCAUCUACAACAGCCCUGUAAAUUCCUUUAAAAAUGGUAAUUGACUCUACAGUCUGACCAAUUUUUUUUUAUUUUAAAUAUACUUCCUUUUAUGUGUUCAACAAUUAAA